AUGAGAGUAAAAAAUUUCUUUCCAACAGCAUGGCAUCUUAAUCGAAUUGAAAUGGAAAAUCUUAAGACAAAUGAACGAUUUCUAUUUCAUUGUGGAAGAUGGUUAUCAAAAAGAGAUGGUGAUAAACAAAUUAUUCGAGAAUUACCAGCUGAAGGACCUGGAAUUAAUAAACCAUUACCUGUUAUUAAAUAUCAUGUUGAUCUAUAUACGGGAAGUAGACGUGGUGCGGGUACAGAUGCGAAUGUAUUUAUUAAUAUAUUUGAUGAUAUUGGAGAUACAGGAGAAUAUUCAUCAACAAAUAAGAAUAAAUUCGAAAGGAAGAAUGUUGAUAAAUUUGUUAUCGAAGCAGUUUCAUUAAAACAAAUAAAAAAGAUUCGAAUUGGUCAUGAUGGAACUGGUCCAGAUGCAGGAUGGUUUUUAGAUAAAGUUGUUGUUCGUCCAGAAGAUAUACAUUAUGAAGAAGCAACAUUUAUAUGCAAUAAAUGGCUUGUUACUGAUGAAGAUGAUGGUCUAAUUGUUCGUGAAUUAAGUCUUGGUUUUGCAGGACAACCUUUAGAUAAGACAACAUAUAAUGUUACUUAG